AUGCGAUCCUUCGUGACGUCUGGUGACAUCCCAAUUGGAUAUGUGACGCCCAAGUUCCCGUCACUAUUUUGGCCGAUCAACAACGAAAAAUACACACUAUCAUACCUUUAUUACGUGACCGAUAUAUGGAAAUACACGGUAUUCUGGACUUUGAUCUUGUUUUUGGCGUUUUACGUUGCAGCAGGCUUGUGGGCCAGUUUCUCCCACAGGAAAACUGCAGGCGGUGUUUGGAUAAUGGUUGUUUACGUCGUGGCAGGUGGAUUCCAAGCGCUUGCCGCUGGAACUGUUUCGGGACUAUUACUUGCAGUUACAUACAAAGCAGGUUUGUUCGCUAUGUCAACUUGGAUCCCGUUAUGCUGUUCUGUCGUGCUUAUCCUGUUCCAUGUCAGUACUACUUAUUCGAUGGCGGGUGCUAUCAUUUGA